AUGAAGCUCACAUACCUCCCGCUCUACACUAUCGCCUGCGCUUUCACUACGAAUGCUGCCACUGUUGAAUUUUACUCGGAUGCCGACUGCGGCAAUAAAGUCGGAGACCGUGAUGUCUGGGACAACAGUUGCGCAACCGAGAACCCUGAGUUCAAGUCGUUCAAGGUCACUGCAACUGGUGGCUGGGGCCAGAGACUUUGGACAUAUGGCGAUAUUUAUGGUUGUUCGCUGUCGUCGCAAACUGGAUGUCUUACUGCUGAGUCGGCGGCCCUAUUUGUUUAA